AUGAAUCCAUCGAACACCACAGCUUCUUGUCAGACGAACAGUAUCUCUUGGCUUAUUCAAGCUGCAGUCAAAUUGCUUCCUCAUAUUCAAGCAGAGCAACUCAUCGCGAAACUUGUGAAGGAGGAGUAUUCAAGUGCCAUACACAGCGGAACUAUGAAAUCGGAGGACCUCGCUGUUGGAAUGAUGAAUGGGGGCAAGUUUGACGAACAGAAACACCUUUUACUUUGUGAGCAGCUCAAGAUUGACAGCGUCUUUGUUCGAGAUGUUGUGGGGCUAUCACCUGGUGAAAGAGCCUUGAUUGCUAAUGGAAUCAUUGUUGGACCAUUUGACGAAGAGCAGACCUUUAUCGAAUCCGACGUAGAACUGAUUUCUCGAAUUGUUGAGUCUAGAGGAGCUAGCGUCAUAGCUUCCCAAAUUGAUCAAUGGAGAGCUGGUAGCGGCAAUGGUUCGCCUUCGGAUCUUGUCAUGAGGACUUUCGCACUACUUUCAAAACACGCUACUAGUCGAAAGCGAAGGGGGAUUUGGUUAGGUGACGACAGAAAC